CACAUUAUCUCUUUCCUUCCCUUGCAUGCGUGCUAGUGAUCAGAGAGACAUACACAGAGACAGAGAGAGAAAGAUCCUGAUCUCGUCCUCAAACAAGGUCAUGAUCACGAUCUUCCUCCAUCUUGCCACAUUCUGAGCUAUACCCACUUUUUUCCCUUUUGUUAAUAUUAAUAAUCUUCAGCAGCACUAAAAAUUGCAGAAAGUUGAUUGUUUUCAUUCAUUCAUUCAUGGCUUCUCGCUCAUUCUCGCAUUUUGUUGAAGAAGAGAUGGGCAGGUUCCCACACUUUGUGAUCUACGUGCUGCUUGAAUGGGUGCUGAUAUUCAUUCUCUUCCUUGAUGGGUUUCUUGCAUUUGUGGCCAACGAAUUCGCGAGGUUCUUUGAAUUGCAAAUCCCUUGUUGGCUAUGCACAAGGUUGGAUCAUGUACUUGUUCACAGAAACCCUGAUUUCUAUUACAAUGAGUCUGUCUGUGAGGCUCACAAGAAAGACAUGUCAUCUUUGGCAUUUUGCCACAACCACAAGAAGCUCUCUGACAUAAGGAAAAUGUGUGAAAAUUGCUUGCUUUCGUUCGCGACGGAGAAGGAAUCGGAUUGCGGAACCUACAAGUCCCUUGUGGGGAUUUUGCAUAAGGAUCUUGAUUGCUUUGUUGAGGAUGGACAACCAAUGCAGCUGAGUUUGAAGGAUGAUGAUGGGGUGAUGAUGCAGGCUGAUAGGAGCAGCACUCAGAGGUGUUCUUGCUGUGGAGAGCCAUUGAAGGUCAAGUCUUCUUAUGGAAAAGUGAAGCACUCAGGAUCGUUUAUUGCGCGGGCUCCGACUCCAUCACCGCGAGCUUUUCCUUCAAAAACUGAGGAAACUAAUGCUCUCGAUACGCCUCGCAUCAGGUACUCAGAGCUCAAGUUCAUGUCAGAUGAUUCAGAGCUUCAAGAGGAUGAGGGUGGCUUCAAUGUCAAUAGUCAGAAUGUCAAAUUGAGGGAAGACACCAAACCUCUAUUGGCAGAAGGGGAUGAUUUAAACGAUGAGUCCAACAAACUGACCCCAACUUUCUCAAGGGGCAACAAGUUCUUUGGAAUCCCACUCACAGAUUCAGCAAACAACAGCCCCAGAUGGUCUUUCAAGACAAACAGGAAAUCACCCCUAGAGAAAACAGAAUUUGCCUCUGACUCAAAUGAGAUAACUGUUCAAAAUGACUUUGAUGAUGCGAUUGUCAACAAUUUGAAGAGGCAAGUUCGUUUGGACCGCAAAUCGCUCAUGGAAUUGUACAUGGAGCUGGAUGAAGAGAGAAGUGCUUCAGCUGUUGCCGCUAACAACGCAAUGGCCAUGAUCACGCGGUUGCAGGCGGAGAAAGCAGCGGUGCAGAUGGAAGCUUUGCAGUACCAGAGAAUGAUGGAGGAGCAGGCAGAGUAUGAUGAAGAAGCCCUGCAAGCAAGUAAUGACAUGCUUAUCAAAAGAGAGGAAGAGAUCAAAGUUUUGGAAGCUGCAUUGGAUAUUUAUAGAAACAAAUAUGGGUCCUUAGCAGAAGAAGAUGUUUUAAAGGAAGUUCACUCAUCUCAUAGUGGUACCGGCUCUCUAAAUGAAGGAGAUGAUAAUAACGGAGAGAAAGGCCUGAAUUCUAAUCAAGCAGUGUCAGAAAAUGGAGGGGUAAGGUACAUUGAGCAAGUCAAAGAUUUUAAAGCGGAGAAAACAUACAUUCUUGGCCGCAUGAAGAAGAUAGAAAAUAGAACACCCUUUGCAGAAAAUGGAAUUUAUCCCUUACAAUCUAGCUCUGACACCGAGAGUGUUAGUACUAUAGACAAUGAGACAGGAAAAGGAAUUGAAGGUUAGCUUGUAGUGCUGUGACAUGAAGAUAAUUGAAUUUCAUGUGGCUGUGAUCAUAAAGAACAUAGCUUUUUGUGGGGAGAUUGUGAGUGUUUUGCCAUGGGGCAGCUCAAGUGUUGGAAGCAUGGAUGACUUUCUUCUGCCUGUGUAGAAUAUAUAAAUGUAGAGGUCAACGACUUGAAAUCUCAAAUCAUGUCCUUUAAUAGGAUUUGAAUGAAUGCCCCCAAUUUCUGAGAUUGUCUAACUUUCACUAGGAUCGUUUGGACAAACUUUGUCUAGGAUUUUGUUGUUUAUACUAUUGUCAAAAGUUCCAAUUUUCUUAUUAGUUUGUACUUCUUUCUUGCAAUGAAGAAAUACAUAUUAUA